AUGGAGCGCCCAACCGUCCGUUCCGGCCGCCCCUCGGUCAACUCCACGAUGGCACGACCUCAGCUCUCCAACCUGGGCCUCGGCUACUCCAUCGCCAUCGCGCUCGGCUUCCUCAUCCUGUUCGCCUCCUUCCUGCUGGCUUUCUACUUCUGCUUCGGCCGCGGCGGGGACUACUGGGUCGGGGAAGCAGUCACCACGGCGUCCAGCUCCGGCCACCUCUCCAUCACCGUCCCGUGCGUGCUCUUCGUCGCGGAGGGGUCCGAGUCCCCCGAAGACGACGCUUACCCCUCCUCCUCCGCCGCCGCGGCCUGCUCCCCCGUCGGGCUCGACGCGGCCGCCAUCGCUUCCUACCCCAAGGUCGCCUUCUCCAGCAGGGCCGCCGAGGCCGACACCAUGUGCUCCAUCUGCCUCAGCGAGUACAGGGACGGCGAGACGCUGCGCGUGAUGCCCGAGUGCAGGCACGGCUUCCACGUCGCGUGCCUCGACGCCUGGCAAAUGUUCUUGCAAAUGUUUUGA